AUAUAUACGUGUCGGGUGGGACGCCGUCUCCUCAGCAAGCAUGACGUCGGGGAAAGUUAACGCCGCGUGCAAGGCAAUGUCCGCUUUUGCUCUCCUAGCGCUGAGCACAACUUGCGCGGCGUGGACUAUCCCUCCGCAAUCAGUUUACAUUGAUCAAACACAAUACAAUGUCUUGGGAACAAACUCCUCGCUCUUUCGCGCAUCGACGGGCUACUUCAAUCCCCAAAACUUGACACCCCCAUUCUUCCAAAUCUUCGAUGAAGGAUUCUUCACCAUCUUGGGCGACUCGCCUUCCAUUCGGCUUAUUACGGAGAACGAUAGCUAUGCAUUUGCACACGAGGCCCCUGUUUAUCUUCCAGAGAAGAAUGAGCUUUGGUUCAGCAGCAAUGAUGGCGGUCCUCUUGGUAUGAGCGACUGGUACACAGAUAAUAAGAUCUGGAAGAUCAAUCUUGAUGAAGCCGAAGCCGGCAACGCGACACUUUACGAGGUGCCCAUCACACCACCUCUAGAGAUGACGAAUGGUGGCACUCUUUAUGCAAAUGGACAGCCUCUCUUCAUCCAAUCUGGGCGGGCGGAAUUGCCACCAACGCUUGCGAUCGUGAAUCCGUCUCCGCCGUAUAAUUCGACGGUUAUUCUUGAUAAUUUUUAUGGACGUCAGUUCAAUUCUUUGAACGAUGUGAAGAUCCACCCUGUCAGUAAGGCCAUUUUCUUCACGGAUGUCACAUAUGGUUGGCUGAACCACUUCCGACCCAUGCCUUUACUGCCAAAUCAGGUCUACCGUCUUGACCCUAUUUCUGGAGCUGUGCGGGUUGUUGCAGAUGGGUUUGAUCGGUGCAAUGGGAUCGCCUUCUCGAUUGACGGGUCCCUGGCUUAUAUCGCUGAUACUGGUGCAUCUGGCGGUUUCCUCGGCAAUAAUGCGACCGAGACGGCCACGCUCUAUGAGUUUGAUGUAGAUCCCACGACGCAGCGCUUCUUGAAUCGUCGCAUUUUUGCUUACAUUGAUACCGGUGUGCCUGACGGUAUUCAGCUGGAUGCCUGUGGAAAUGUGUACACGGGAACAGGAGAUGGCGUGCAGAUUUGGAGUGCUGCUGGUGUGUUACUUGGAAAGAUCUUCACCGCCUCUACCGUGGCGGAAAUGAUAUUUGUCGGAAACGGAAGGAUGGUGGUCCUGGAUGAGACGAAGUUGUACCUUGUCCACUUUGCGGCGCAGGAGCACUCACUUGACUACUGGAGCUGAAACAAUGAUGGUAUGGAUGUCGCUGAGGUGCAUUUUUUGGAUAAAUGUAAAGAAAACGAUGGUGUAUGUAACGGUACCCGUUAGGAUACCUGCUGAAAUAACUGUUUUGUCG